GUAGAAUCGGUCGAGUAGUGAAGAAAAAAUUUCCCCGAAUCUUGGUCUCGGAAAAAUGAGGUGAUUCGGAUGAAAAAUCGGACAUUGAAGUCCUAUCGCACCCAUAGUUGUACUUCCCUUUUCCCUGUUAGAACAAGGAUAAAGACGAUCAAAUUGAAAAUCGCGCAUGGAUCAGCUGCGACUUCGGUCCUUCUCCAGAAACUGACUUAGUUAAUGGUGAUGAAACUUAGUUAAUGGUUAAAGAUUAGUGACUGGUUUAAGUACAUUAGUUGAAGGGAAGGACGAGGACCUUUUUAAUCUAGAAGUGUCCUGCAACGACGCAUCAAAAACUGGUUAUUUCGAAUCAUCUGCGUCGAGUGCUAGCGCUCGGGGUGGCCUAGAAGAGACUCGUGCUAGGAGGAUAACGCUUCAUCUGAUCGUGGUGUGCAGCACUACGUUGUGAGGUCCGUCGACUUCUACAGGCGUCUGAAAGUUAUCGAACGAGUCCUCAAGCACAAGCAGCUUCAGCGUCUACGGGAGCGUCAUCUUCUUCUCUGAAACAACUACUGAGCACUAACUCCCAGCGAAGAGACCACAUCAACAUGAGUUGUUUCGUGGUUUGCCUUGGGCAAGGUCGAAUGCCAGUCAUAAUUGUGUAUGGGGUACCAGAAGAGGGCGGAAAGAAAACAACGAUAUUCGAUGGAAGGAGAUUUUUUGAAGUAAGGCUAAAUCAUUCUAUUUGUACGCAGUUGGUGGUCUAUCUCCAUUCGUACUCGUCUGGACGACAGUAGAUGAAGUAGUCGACGUUGCUACCCAGCUACCACGUAGAACAAAGAUGUGCAUACUCCUAGUUUGUAAUCAUAAGAGAAAACGUCGACAGUUUCGGAACUACACUGAUCUGGGCAACAUUCCACUCCAAGAGAUAUGAAAGUACAAGUGCAUGUGCAGAACCGACCACCACUCUCCCCUUCUAAUCAAAGCUGAAUACUACAAGAUCAAUAGAGCAGCGCAUGAGAGGAAAAAAAAGAAGAGGAAAAGUCAAGGCUCUAGCGCAGCAGAUGUUGCUGAGGGGUUGCCAUCUGGCGCAUCGUCCUCUGAUCCAAAGCCUGAAGGAGAUGGGUCAGGAGCAACAGGAGCAAGUGAGGAGCAUCCUGACGAGAGUGAUCAUGUUACGUUGAGGAAAAUCAAGAAUUCUUUGAUCAUCUGAGUCAUUAGAACCACGUCGUAGCAUUCCUCGCAUUACAUUUCGUCACUCUUCCUAAUACAUAGACGUGUAGCAACGAACAACUGAGUCAUUAGUACCAUGCCGUAGCAUUCCUCGAGGACAAAAAUCUUAUUUUGGUGUGACGUAGACGUGUAGCAACGAACAGCUGAGUUAUUAGUACCACGUCGUAGCAUUCGCAUUUUUAGAUACACUUAGGUUUUGAUUGUCACUCAUCCACCCGCCUUCUCCCACCUUCAUACUCCACGAAAAACCCCUACUCCAGCAAGACGUGUGGCCGAAAGAAGAAUUGUCCAUUAUUCCAGCGGACGCUCAUCUUAGCAGUGACGACGAUGGGUCAGUCAAAGGCGGGAAGGGGAAGUUAAGGCCAUAACAUUGAUAGUAGUAGUGGAGGACCAUUUAUUACAACUUACACAAUCUUCUAGAAGAAGUAAAGUUGUUGACCACAACGAGCAUGAACGAACAAGACCUCUUAAGAAAGAGAAAGCUUUUCUGCCGGAGCCUGUUCUAACUCUCGCUGACGGAGCCGCAACUGCCGCAGAGAAGGGCAGCGCUGACAGCACACACGCAGACUUGCCUUCCUCAUCAGCAGCACCUGAAGGAGAAGCUGAGCCAAAAGCGGACAUUUACAUCAGUGACGUUGUGAUUAUGACGGGAUGACAUCUGUAGUAGAUGUGACAUCUGUACAGUAGAGGUUUAUUCUUUAACUCCGUGAUUAUGAUGUAUGAUCUUGAUGGCUGGAUAGCACCAUUUUCAUGUCCCUCCAACAUCAGUUUCUAUUUUCUUUUUCUCAGAUACUUCAUACUUACGACAGAUACCACAUGACAAGUUCUCAGAUACUUACAACAGAUACGACAUGACAAGUUCUCAGAUACUCACGAUAGAUACGACAUGACAAGUUCUCAGAUACUUACGACAGAUACGACAUGACAAAUUCUCCCUUCAUACUGCUAGAAACGUCGGACGGACCAAGAGUGAAGCGGGAUUCGACAGGCGUGGGCACCAGUGCAACUGGCGAUAUGCACCAUCCGGAUCCACCGUCUUCAGGACACGAAAACUGAAGUAUAAAGUAAAAAACAUUCUCUUUUUAGUCACAAUUUGCGUUAAUAUCUCAUGCACUUACAAAAUUUGUUUUUCUUACUAAUCAUUUAGAUGUAGAUCUUUCUAGAACUACUCUUACAUCAAUCAUACACUGUACUGAACAGCUGAACCAUGAAAAUGACAACUGAAAAUGAAAGUUUUUCCCCUGAGUCUCAGAACUGGGUGAAAAAUGGAAUUAGUUGUCUUCCUUCCAGAAUUAGAAUGAUGACCCCGCCUGUAUCUUCCAGGUAGUUCCACUCUGAGGCCCGUCGUGAUCAAAAUUUAUCCCGCCAGCAGUGCCUUCAAUUUCUAACGACCAGAACUAUAGUGUUUUAGACAUCUCAUUUUCUGCACCCUAAAACUAAUCAAUGCGUUAAUGCUAAGCAAGAACUUCUAUUAAUUUGGACGACCGACGUAUUUCUGUCCACUCUCAAUAUUUCGAAGAAUCCGCUGCGCACAAACAAACAGAAACAUCUUUUGGUAUGUUGAGCAUGCAUUAAGAAAU